AUGGACAUGACCGACUGGCAGUGGCCCACCGUCGACACACCCGACACAGAACGCAAUGACCUCUUGCCGCGUUACAGGCCUACAAGGCGUCCUAUGACGGCAGUGGAGUUCCAAGCGAUUUCAGAUAGUCAUCCACUUGCUAUUCUGCCGUGGAUCCUCGUCCCAGACGGGCUGGGCGACUUUGCGCCGCCUGUCAUGCAUUACGCGAUAGACUUCGUUCCAGAUCAGCUUGUCGCCUACGCGGAGGAGAACGACUCUCUCGUUGUCUAUUACGACGAGUCGCCCGCGUGCUCAGAGUUUGAUUCCGACGGAGACAAUGAGGAAGUCGAGCAGGAAGAACAUCACGAGCAGGACGAACCGCGCGAGGAACCGGAGUGUAAAUUGAAUGCAGGGCAGGAGCAGGACGAGCAGCGCGAGGAGCCGGAUAGCGAGCGGAGUGCAGGGCAGGGGCAAGAACGCGAGCAGAGGGGCGAAAGCGACCUGGAGCAUGGCAAAGAAGGCGAAGAAGACUCCGAAUCGGAGGAGGAAGAUUACGAUUUCCGUCGCUUGAAGACUCGAAACGCUCCGCGGAGGAAGGCACCGACAAUCGACAGAAUUGGCAGCAUGCGAUGUGCUUUGCGCGCUUUGGCCAUCGAGGCGGGCGCACAUAUCCAUACUCGCUUGCUGAAGAUCAGCCUAGGAAUUCAACGCAUGGGGGUGCGGGAAACGUCCUUAAUCAUCUCGUUCUACAGCAACUACGACCUCAAAGCCGGCGACCUGCCGACUACGGAGGACAUCGAGAAGUUGCGCGUGGCAGUCGGUUCUCAACAUCCGCCUGGUUGGUACCUGGAUAGGAGCAACUAUCGCUGGGAGCGUUACUACUGA